GCCAGCUGCAGACCCCGGGCCGCGCGCGCCGUGAGGCUCCGUCCCAGCGCUCCGAGCGCGCUCCAGAAAGCGUGAAAAGCCGUCAUGGCAGCGAGGCCCAAGCUCCACUAUCCCAACGGACGAGGUCGGAUGGAAUCCGUCAGGUGGCUUUUAGCUGCUGCUGGAGUCGAGUUUGAUGAAGAAUUUCUGGAAACAAAAGAACAGCUACACAAGUUGCAGGAUGGUAACCACCUGCUUUUCCAGCAAGUGCCCAUGGUUGAAAUUGAUGGGAUGAAGUUGGUGCAGACCCGAAGCAUUCUCCACUACAUAGCAGACAAGUACCAUCUCUUUGGCAAGGACCUCAAGGAGAGAACCCUGAUUGACAUGUAUGUGGAGGGGACGUUGGAUCUGCUGGAGCUGAUUAUCAUGCAUCCUUUCUUAAAGCCAGACGAUCAACAAAAGGAAAUGGUUAGCAUGGCCCAGAAGGCUAAAAUUAGAUACUUUCCUGUGUUUGAAAAGAUUUUAAGGGAUCAUGGACAAAGCUUUCUUGUUGGUAAUCAGCUGAGCCUUGCGGAUGUGAUUUUACUCCAAACCAUUUUGGCUCUAGAAGAGAAAAUUCCUAAUAUCCUGUCUGCAUUUCCUUUCCUCCAGGAGUACUCAGUGAAAAUAAGUAAUAUCCCUACAAUUAAGAGAUUCCUUGAACCUGGCAGCAAGAAGAAGCCUCCACCUGAUGAAAUCUAUGUGAGAACUGUCUACAGUGUCUUUAUGCCAUAAAAUGACACAUUGUGAGUGAGCUUGUCCCUAGAGAUGGCUGUGUACACAGUAAUAUCUUAGUUCAUCCCAGCUUUGUCAUGGUCCUGUGUAGUAAGUUGGGUCCUAAAUGGGAUCUUUUGUGUUAAAGAGAUCUUCUCUUCUAGAAAUAUUGACUUUUUUUGGUCCAGUGAAUAAUUGUUAUGGUACUUUUUUCAGAAAACCUUUUUAAGAUGCUGGUAUUUAAGUUAGAUCUGAUCGUGUUACUCAUUGUAGUUAGUUAAUCCUGAAAUGUAGUUAAUCCUGAAAUGUGGAUGGACAGGAUCUCAUGUUCUUUUCUGAGCUUAUUUCUCCUUUCCUUAUCCCCUUUGUAACCCCCUCCAGUCUCUUCCUAAUUUUUAGUGUCUAAGUAUAACAAAAUAUCUAGUGAAUAACUCUCCUCUGAGCUAUGAUAAUCAAAUAAUGGUAAUGAAUGAAGUCAGUAUUACCCAAAAUAAAUA